AUGGCUGGUGAAACUCCUGAAGGGAGUGGUGUUCCUAAGGAAACUCCUGUUGAUUUUGAUGAUCCUUUAUAUGUCCAUCCUUCUGAUAAUACUGUAACAUCUAUUAUAACUGUUAAACUGACUGGUAAUGAGAAUUAUCGAUUAUGGCGCAGUGCUAUGUCUAGAGGUCUUAAAGCUAGAAAUAAGUUGGGCUUUGUGGAUGGGUCAAUUUCUGAAACUAUAUAUGCUAGUCAUGUGUAUUCGGAUAAGGCUAAAGAUAUUUGGGAUGAACUAUUUGAAACGUAUAAUAAAGCUGAUGGGUCAGUAAUUUUUAAUAUUCAUUAUCAGAUCAACACAUUAAAACAAAAUGGUUCUUCUCUUUCUGAUUAUUUUAAUAAACUAGAUUCUUUGUGGAAGGAGUUUGAUGGUUUAACUAGUUUAACUGAAUGUGUGUGUGAGGCAGCUACAAAACUUAAUGAUCAUUCAAAAUUGAUGAAGUUAAUGCAAUUUCUUAGUGGACUUGAUGAUGUUUAUAAUCAAGUUAAGAGUCAAAUUCUUUUGAUGGAACCUUUACCCAAUGUUAAAUCUGCCUUCUCUAUUCUUUUUAGAGAGGAGUCUCUUCAAAAGAAUGGGUCUCUUGGGUCUACUGAUUUUAAAUUUAAAAACGAUAAUAAUAAUCAAAACAAAUUUGUUUCUGUGAAUUCUUCUUCUGCUAGUGCUAACAAUAGCAAGUCUGUCUCUUCUGAGUCUGGUCUUGGAAGUGAUGCUCAUUUUCUCACUGGUGAGCAAUAUUCUAAGUUUUUGCGUCUCAUUAGUGAGAAUUCUGCUUGUGAUGAUGUGUCUGCUACUGCAAAUAUUGCAGGUAUGUCUGUGUUUCAAUGUUGUAAUUCUUUUGUUAGUUCAAAUGAUUCUCAAAGCUGGAUUGUUGAUUCAGUAGCCAAUCAACAUAUGAUAGCUUCUGAGUCACAACUUAAAGAUGCUAUAGAUGUGUCUAAACUUAAUCUGUCUGUGAAACAUCCUAAUGGUUCGUCAGCUUCUAUAAAUAAAAUAGGGAAUCUUCAGUUGUCCUCACAUCUUACUUUAUUUGAUGUCUUUGCUGUUCCUGAUUUCAAUGAUUCACUGUCAAAGCAGAUGGUGGAUAAUGGUAGAGAGUCUGGGGGAUUAUACUAUCUUGAUUAUGUUCCCUCGGUACGUUCAGACAAUGGUACUGAGUUUGUUAAUAAUCAAAUGAAGUUUUUUUGUUUUGAAAAGGGUAUAAUACAUCAAACAUCAUGUGCUUAUACUCCACAACAAAAUGGAGUUGUGGAGAGAAAGCAUAGGCAUAUUCUUAAUGUUGCUCGAUCUCUUUUAUUUCAAUCAGGAGUUCCUAUUAAGUAUUGGGGAGAUGCUAUUUUGACUUCUGUUUUUCUUAUAAAUAGAAUGCCUACUUCUGUUUUAAAUGGUCAAUCACCUUAUGAACUUGUUUUUCAAAGAACUCCUAGUUUUGAUUAUUUAAGGGUUUUUGGUUGUCUAUGUUUUGCUGUUAAGCCGAAUGUUUUUGAUAAAUUGUCUGAACGUGCUGAAAAAUGUAUUCUUUUAGGAUAUUGUUCUGAUAAAAAGGCAUAUAAACUUCUUAGUUUGGAUACUAAUUCUUCCUUUGUAUCCAGGGAUGUGAAGUUCUAUGAAUCUUUUUUUCCAUACAAGUUGAAAUCAACUUCUGUUGAUAAGGUUUCAAAUAAUUUUGGCCCUAGUGAUCUCUUUUCCUAUGAUGAAUUUGAUAAUAAUAAAUAUAUAAAUGAUUAUAUUAAUCUUGAUGAGCUGAGAGUAGAGUCUCAGUUGGAUGGUGCUGAUGCAGCCAUUGGUAUGGAUGAUGUUGAUUCUAGUAAUUCUGUCAACCCUGGUGGCGAGGCAAUUAUGCCUCCUACUGGUUCAUCUGUUCCUUCUUCUUCGAGUGUGUCUGAGGAAAAUAGUCAGUCUAUCUUAACCCCUUCUAUGGAUCAGUUUAUAGGUGUCUCUAGGUCUAGGCGUGAGUCUCAUAUGCCUGUUAACUUUGCUGAUUAUAUUGUCGAUGGUAAGUAUAAAUAUGGUGUUGAAAGAUCUGUUAACUAUUCUUUUCUUGAUUCUGAAACUAAGUGUUUUAUUUCUAAUCUAAAUAAAACUGUUGAACCUAAAAGUUAUAAUGAAGCUUUUUCUGAUCCAAAUUGGAUUAAAGCUAUGAAUGAUGAGAUGGAAGCACUUCAUCGAAAUAAUACAUGGGAAAUAACUGAUUUACCUAAAAAUAGAAAACCAAUUGGAUGUAAAUGGGUUUAUAAGAUUAAAUACAAGUCAAAUGGUGAAAUUGAUAGAUAUAAAGCUCGUUUAGUUGCUAAAGGUUAUAAUCAAAGAGAGGGGAUUGAUUUUGAAGAGACUUUCUCUCCUGUUGCAAAAAUUGUAACAGUUCGUAUUCUUAUUUCUCUUUCUGUUCAUUAUUCUUGGUCUUUAUAUCAGUUGGAUAUUAACAAUGCUUUUUUAUAUGGAGAUCUUGCUGAAGAUGUUUAUAUGUCACUUCCACCUGGUUAUUACUCUAGUAAUGAUACUAGAGUAUGUAAGCUGAUUAAGUCUUUGUAUGGACUGAAGCAGGCUCCUAGGAAAUGGAAUGAAAAGCUUUGUGCUUCAUUGUUUAUGUUUGGUUUUAAACAGAGUAUAAGUGAUUAUUCAUUGUUUAUUAGGAAAGUUGAAGGUUCAAUAACUGUGUUACUAGUAUAUGUUGAUGAUAUUAUAUUAACUGGAAAUAGUGAAGUAGAGUUAAAAAAGGUAAAGUCUUUUAUGAAUAGUCAGUUUUUAAUCAAAGAUCUUGGAACACUUACACCCUGUUCCCGAGUCGAAAUUAACGAGGGAAGCGGAGAGAAAAGAAGAGAAUUGGAGAGAAAGAAGGAGUCAAGAGUGUUCCCGAGUUUAUUUUUUGGAGUGAUCUGGGAAGAAAGGAAAGGAAAUCACAACAUUGUUUUCUCUCCUAAUCUUCCUCCCAAAUCGGAGAGAUUUGGAGAGAAGAGAAUCAUUGAUAAAAAAAAUCCCUAUGAUUACCAAACUACCCCCUAA